AUGAGAUCUGUGGAGGAAUCUCGGGCUCUUUGGAAUACUACCUUCCACCAGCCAGAGAUACACUCUCUCCAUGAACUGAAACAGGUUUUAGAGACCGGGGAGAAGGGAUCUAACCCGUGUGAGAAUGGAUUGCGGUCAGUGUGUUGGAAGGCAUUCCUCCUGCACAAGGAGAUAGAUCGGACCCAAUGGUCAAUACAGCUAUCAGACUCCAGAGAGGCAUAUACCUCGGUGAAGCAGCAUUUUCUCAAAUACAUUGAUAACCCAGAUGAACUGUCAUCUACAGUUGAUCCGUUGGCAGAAGACGCUGAAUCACCAUGGGAAUCACUUCGACGGGACGAACAGAUCAGAGCUGAGAUAUCCCAGGAUGUUGAAAGAUGUCUCCAGGAAAACAGCUUCUUUCACGAUCCGCUAGUCAAGCUCAGGCUUCUCAACAUCCUGUUCGUGUUUGUCAAGCUGAACCCAGACCUGGGUUAUAGGCAAGGAAUGCAUGAGCUGCUCGCUCCUAUACUGUGGGUAGUAACGCAAGAUGCUAUUGAUCUGCAAACCCUGAAUGAGGACGUGGCCUUCGCUGCUGCUGGUGAACAAGCAUUGAUGCUACAGACCCUCGAUCCAACAUACAUCGAGCAUGACUCCUUUAUCCUCUUCUGCGCUAUUAUGCAAACUGCUAAGGAGUUCUAUGAACAUAAUGAUAGCAAGAGUGGCGGAGUAGGGAGCUCGGAAGUCUCGUCUAUCAUUGCGAGAAGCCAACAUAUUCAUCUGGGCAUACUGCGAAAGAUAGACCCUGAAGUGGCUGACCAUCUUGUUGCUAUUGAAGUCUUGCCGCAGAUAUUCUUGACGCGAUGGAUAAGACUCUUGUUUGGCCGGGAGUUCCCCUUUGACGAUGUACUAGCCGUCUGGGACUUGAUUAUUGCUGAGAAGGUGAGGGCAUCACUAGUUGACAUGAUAUGUGUUUCAAUGCUACUACGUAUUCGAUGGCAGUUGAUGGAUGCGGACUACUCGACUGCCUUGUCCCUUCUACUAAGAUAUCCGUCUCCAGAACCUAUCAAACCACGUACUUUUGUUCUCGAUGGUCUCUAUCUAGAGCACAACUCAACGUGUGAGGGUGCCUCUUAUCUUGUUCAUAAGUACUCUGGCAGGCAUAUUCCUCCGACGAUCCAAAAUAACGUGUCUCCUCCUCCUAGGGUUGGGAUGUCCUUACCCAGUAGACACAAGAGCAGAUCCAUCACUCGAGAUAUUUUCAAUAGCCCGAACAGCUCACCGAACAGGAUAACCGCGAAACGCCUUGACUCUAUUUUCCAGGAUGUUUCGGAGGGCCUGUAUCGUCGAGCAGAAGGAUGGGGCGUCACAAAAGCCGUCCGUGGUGCGGUGACUGAAGCUCGACGCAACAUGCAAGGUCUUCAAGCAGGCGGAACGAACUCUGCAUUAUUUAGCCAUGAUGGUCCGGUGUGGGAUUCCCCCAGCCCACCCCGACUAUCACUCGCUACAGUUAGAGAGUUGCAGCUGAGGGUGGCCUCGAUGGAGCAAAGGAAUAAAGACUUGGCGAUGAUGUUAGAGGAUGCACUGAAUGUAUUGCAUACCCAGCAAGCCCCAUCAGGAGAAGCUGGGGAGAAAGGCGCAGAGACAGAGGGCAGCCUGUCGGCAAUGAAUGAUGCCGUUGCUGCCAUUCGAAAGGUGAAGGCCUGUCUCGAAGAUGCCUCGAUUCCACUGGCCUCUGCAGACACUGGAGAAGAAAUACAUCGUCUAUCCAACGCUCGGAGCAGCGAGGAUUCUCCGACCAGAGGAAGAGCCCAGACUGCCAUAGACCGUACCCCUGCGCGAGUAGAGUCGAGCGAGAAGGGCGAAGAAAAGGCUACCAUCGCUGCCGAAGACAAGAUUGGCAUGAAGGAGCCGCAGUCACCAUGGUCACCGCCAAGCAGCGUCACUACUGCUGCCACCAACAGCAACAACAACAACACCCUAUCAGCAAAGAUGGGAAAUAACAUCAAUCAUACGACAGCAUCGAUGAAAGCGUAUCCCAGCCGACCAACACGAACCUCGGUCCGGGAUCCAUCCUUCGCUUGGAUCCUGGGCGACGAUCAAGCCCGGCCAAGCUUUGCAACGAGCGCAUCCGCGCCUCCCGAACAGAGACGAGUACCACUGAAAUCGAUCUUUGAUGACCCUGAGGCGCAGAGUGACAGCCGGGCAGCUGCUGGAGGUUUGCUCCUCUCUGAUUUACAGCAUGCUCCGCAGUCGAUGCAGCAGCGGCGGCGAGAACAGUCCCCGGGUCAGUAGUUAACUAGCAUAAGGAUCGACGUAUAGAAGAUAUUUUACGAGCAACGUUUCCACCCGUGAUAUCUUCACGCUUCCCACGUCAACUCGUGUGAUAGACACAAGUGAAUGGAUCAUUUGAUAGACAAGUAACUUGCUAACGGGUUGACUGUCUCCUUUCCCCAAGCGAAUUGCAACCUGCAGCCUUAUUCGAAGAAGCUGCUUGUUGACCUCAGCCCCAACCAGGCUCGUGAACUCGCACCACGAGCCAGACACAGCUCGCUAACCAGCAAGCCACUCUCGCGAACGGAUACACAGCCUGGCCUCGUUGGGUUUUGAAGGUGCCUUGAGCAUCGAGUAACAGCUUGCGAGGCCCUCGACUUUCGAAUAAUGCAGAGCCCAGGGUAAAUUGAGGCCUUUCUAGACUAAUACUUAAAGACCGGCUUCAGAUCCUUUACUUAAUGCUUCAAACCUGUCCUCAACCUGCAUCCAGGGACCAGUCCCUGCAGUACAUACCUACAUACCAUACGACACUAACCUGGCCUGCUAUUCCUGUCUAUAGUUAUUACUUGCUUGUUGAUACAUUUUCUGUCAACUCUUCCUUAACAGCCUCAUUUCAUAACUACCUAACAGCAUUGUUAAAAAAUAACUAUUAUAUAUCACUUUAACUUGUUUAACUGGUAACUGACUGCUAUGUUACGGAUUUUAGUAAUAUUUUUAGAUAGUGUAACUUGGUUUUUGUUAAUCAGUUAGUGGAAUACGUUGGUUGGUCUGGUGUGCAUAAAUUUUUUAUUUUCGAGGCAGGCGAUAAUAAAAUAGUCAAUAUAAACCCAAGAAGCAGCCCGAAGACAUCCAUAUCUGAGAUAUCAGACCGCGGUCUUGGUCGUUCUUGGGUUGUCUACAGAUACCUUUACCUCUCUCUUCUCCGUCUCUCUCCCUGUUUCCCUGCCAGGCUGCCGUCCUCCGCCUAG